ACAAUAGUGAAUUAGAAUUACCGUAAAUUUAUGAGUGGCAUUUUUGCAUCCAUAGCUACUAAUGGAUGGCUGCUUUUUUUUAGAAAAAAAUCUCAAAAUGUAUGCAUUGUGAUUAUGAUUAUUCAUUAGCAAUUUUGCCAUCAAAAGUCAACACAAAAAUGAUGGAACAAAAUCGAACAAUGUCAAGGCGAUCUUCAUCAUCAUCAUCAAUAACAAUAUCAAGUUCGGGUAUUUCGGUCAAUUCGAUGACAUUUUCAUCAACAUCUACAUCAAUACCAACAUCACCAGAAGAAUCAUCACCUAAAUCACCAGCAAUAUCGGUGAUAUAUAAACCAACACAAUAUCGACCUUAUUUCUUACGUCAUACAAAUUUGGAUACAAAACAUUUAACAUUCGAUCAAAAUGUACAUCUAGCACGAAUACAUUAUUUACGACAAAAUAAUUUAUGGCGCCUGAUAUUCAUCAGUUGUUGUGUACCAUUAUUUUUUAUUACUUCAAAUAAAGUAUGGAAUGAAUAUGUUACACAUAAAACAGUGGUAAAUAUGGAAUUUAUAACACCAAAUUUGGUUAAUAUUCCAUCCAUUACAUUAUGUGUUCGACUCCAUUUGAAUGGUUUCGAAAAUGGAACGGAUUAUUAUUUGGAUGGUGAUCUUAAUUUACAUCAUAAAAUUCAUCAUCCUAAUGGUACAAUAUCAUCAUGGAAAAAUUCUUUAACCAUUGAACAGGUAGUUAAACAAUGUAAAUUGUUUACAAAUACAAUUGUUUUGGUUAAUAAAACAAUGCCUGUUUAUGAUUGUGAAUCAAUUGUACCGAUUGUAAUAAGUUUUCAAUAUGGACAUAAAUGUUUUACAUAUUUUUCCGAUAUUUAUGGUCAUUGGAGUCGAUUACCAAUUGAAAAACGACCAUAUUUACAAUAUGAUAUGUUUCCUUCCAUACAGAUCAUUUUAAAUGAACAUUUAAUGAGUCAAAAAAAUGGUACAAAAUUUUCAUUCGUUAUGGAUCAUAUUGACCGAGGAAAAAGUAAUGCAACUUCGGUGUUUGUUAUGAUACAUGAAAAAAAUAACUUACCUGUAAUGUUAAAAAAUAGUAUCCGUUUUGUUUUGCCUAACAAUAGUAUGGCUAUAUUUUAUAGUGAAAAAAGUGAACUUCUUAAACCAUAUCCAUUCGAUACAAAUUGUUUUGAUGAUUAUGAUUGUACAUUACCAGAUACAUUGAUUAAUUGGAAUGAAAAUUUAUUUCCAUUACCAUAUGGAUUUCAUUCAUCAGGUGAAUGUUUUAUUUAUUGUCUUUCGAAACGUUUAAAUGAAGAAUGUAUCAAUUUUUAUUCACUGUUAACUGAACGAUGGAUUGAACAUCGAUUACAAGAUGCUGAUAAUAAUUCCAAUUCAAUGAUGAUACCAUUUUGUUCAAUGAAACAUAUGUCAUGUCAACAUUCUGGUUAUGGUAAACAAUUGGAUUAUUGUCUGAAACAAUGUAGACCAUCUUGUAUUCGAGAAUGGUUUACAAUGUCAAAGGUGAAUAGUGAACCAUAUAAUCUAACAUCGAUAACAUUAUAUCGUUCAAAUGAACCAUCACAUUGGAUUGAACAUGUUGAAGCAACAUCAUUAGAAACAUUUAUGGGUAAUAUUGGUGGUCAUAUGCAUGUUUGGCUGGGUAUUUCGGUUGUCGAAAUAUUCAAUUAUAUUAUACGUAUUGUUCGUUUACGGCAAUUUAGUGGAAUUCUUUGCUGUUUGUUUAUCCUGUUCAAACGAUCAAGACGUCAACGACGAUUACAACGUAGUAUUUCACAAUAAAACCAUGACUACUAAUGGAAAAUGAUUU